AAUUCUUUGGUCAGCGGUAUCCCACUUGGUUUGGUACCACCUAUUUGUCUUCAUUAAUGUCCUUGAUCCUCAAAGAUGUACGAUCAUGUGUGCAUCUUCCACCGAUCUGGCAGCAACCAAACUUGAAAUAUCUGAGAAUUGAUGGAGCACAUGCAGUUACCAAGGUGGGACCUGAAUUUGUUGGUUGCAAGAAGGGUGAUCCUGUAUGUGAUGAGUUGGUUGCUUUCCCAAAACUUGAAUGGUUGAUCUUCACAGAUAUGCCCAACUGGGAGGAGUGGUCUUUUUUUGAGGAAGAAGUUGCUGCUGCUGAUGGAUGGGGAGAGGAUGGAGCUGCUGAGAUUCUAAAAGAGGAUGCCCAACCUGCAAGGGUGCGACUGCUGCCUCGUUUGUGGGAAUUGCAACUCCACGGUUGCCCGAAGCUGAGGGAUCUCCCGCAACAGCUUGGAAAAUACACCACCGGUUUGAAGGAGCUCAAUUUAGGAGGACUAAACAACUUGAAGGCGGUGGAGGACCUCCCAGUGCUCUGUGAGGUCCUUGUUAUUGGGUAUUGUGAAGGCCUGGAGAGGAUCUGCAACCUCCCUCAAGUGACAGAGCUGCGUGUAGGUGGUUGUCCAAACUUAAGCCAUGUAGAGGGAUUCGACAGUUUGCAGCGGCUGGGGCUGGGCAAGGAUAUGCAAGAGAUCUCUUCCCGCUGGGUGCCUGGGCUUCAGGAGCAGCACCAGCGACUUCAUGGUGAAGACCUGGAUGUCUACACUUCGUCUAGCAGUUAGAUGGCUCAAGAGUUGAUAACAUGGGCAAACGGUGAAAGGCGGCGACAUGUGCUUGUUCAAGGAGCUACCUGUGGGAGGAGAAGCUUGAAGGAUAAGGCAUAAGGGGCAAAGCUCUGUUCUGUGCAUACUGCCAUAAAAAUACUCUUGUCUCAUUUCGUUUGGUGCAACAAGCAAGCUGGUGAAUGAAGUGUCGUGUUUUUCUUUGGGCAGGUGCCCAGGAAAUACUCUUAUUUCAUUUCGUUUUAUUUAUUUCUGAAUUCGGGCCGGAGCCCUUUGCUGUAUUAAAACCCAUGUGUUGCUUUCAGUUUUGUUUUAUUUAUUUCCGAACUUGGGGCUGGAGGCCUUUGCUGUACUGAACCUGUAUGACACGGUUGGUUCUUUGAAUGUAACCGAUGAAUU